AUGAUGGGCGACUCAGAGGCCGCCGCGGCCGUCGCGGCCGGUCGUGUACCACCGGAAAUCAGCCUCGCAUACCUGGAGGAAGACAGAGACGGGCCUUCAAUGGAUGCGUCAAUCUUCAUGUUCGCCAUUACGUUGUUCGUCAUGACCCAAGACAUCCUGGAAGAGACGGAGAUUCUCGAUUUCACCGCCCACCUGAUCUACACAAGCGCGCUUUUCGUCUGCCGUUUUUCGGGACUGGCGUUUUACUACCGAGUGUGCGGCGUCCACAGCCGAUUCCUCCUCGCAAUUAAGGGAGCCGGACUAUUCUUGAUCGCUGGCUACAUCACGCAGAUGCUUCUCAUCAUCUUCCACUGCCUUCCCGUGACAGCGAUAUGGCCUUACGAAUGGCAGUCACAGUUCAAUCAGUACAAAUGCCUUCCAUGGGGCUUUGUCUACGGAAUUAACUCAGCUGUGUCGUUGCUUUGCGACUUUGUUCUCUUUGGAAUACCCGUUGCCAUGUUAUGGAUGUUGGAGAUGACAAGAAAGAGGAAGAUUCAACUUGCUUGCAUCCUAUUGCCCGGAGUUUUUGUUGUCGCGAUUUCAAUUGCCCGUCUCAUUUUAGUCAUCAAUGGUCAAUGGCAACCAGACCAGUCAUGGAUUUACAGCCCGCUUCUCGCAAUCGAAGUAUCCGAAAUUGGUGCCACACUCAUCGCACUCUCAAUCCCAGGAUUCAGGCCUUUGGCAGAAGAGCUUUUCAACAGAGUAGUUGCAAAGCUGAGACAAUGGUUCCCCAGAUUAUUCAACAAGCGGCGGCGGAACUCCACAAUGCACCCCGACUUAUGGUACGAAACACCACCAUGGCAACAAGGCGGAACACCGAUGACGGGAGACUUCAAGUCAAAGGACCUCGAGAGAGUUGUUGGUUUGGAACUGAAGGAAAUUCGGAGCCCCGGCAAAGUCUACCCAAGUCCUAUCGACAAGUACGCGCAAUCCAGUAAAGGCAAGGCAAGACCUGAAAGCACGAACAUCUGGAUGUUUGAGGACCCGGUCAAGGACAAAGAUCGGAUGUGA